CCCUCCUAUCCCUUACUGCUGAUUCUGCUCAUUCUUGGAUGCUGCUUGCUUGUUUGUUAAUGCGCAUGGUGACUUGGAAUCUUUUAUCUGUCAAUUCUCCACGUUAUUCUCCACCGCAUCGGUGUAUGGCUGGUGACAUACACUAGAUGUCGACUCAGCCGCAGAUCCCAUUACCCCAGGUUGGGAAGCUUGUCAGUGUGGUUCCGGUCGGUUUAAAGGAGGCUGCACUCGAUUCCCCCACGUUCCGCGCCACCGCCCUUCACUUCUCCGACCAGAUCGAAUUUCUCGAGAGAUGGCUCGACGGCUAUGCGAGAGCUGCCUCAAAGCUCUCCGCAGAGCUUGCGGCAAUAGAAGGGGCUGUUAGCGUCUUUCUGUCCUAUUCUACGAAUCCCUUACUGGUUUCUGAAGCCGUCCUCGACCAUGAUUACACUCUACAAUCGAUGCGGAGGUGUGGUGAUAGCUCAAAGGACAUGUGGAAUGGAUUAGUGUCUACUGUUAAGAAGAUGGAAUCUCUUGUGUCCGAGCCUAUAAGGGGAUUUAUUCAGGAGGACUUGCGCAACUUCAAGGAGAUCCGGCGCACGCUUGGCGAGACACAGAAACACUACGACUACUUGCUGGCCCGUUAUUCGUCACAGUCCAAAUCGAAAGAACCUUCAGCCCUACGAGAAGAUGCUUUCCAGCUCCAUGAAGCUCGCAAAGCUUAUCUCAAGGCCUCAAUGGAUUUCUCUGUCCAAGGACCUCAGCUACGCAAUGCGCUUGACAGGCUUUUAGUUCGCGUCUCCUUCGACCAGUGGCGGGAGCUUAAGACUAUCCAUACCAAUAAUGGUACCUCGUUUGCGAAAUGGGGUCAAGAGAUGGACCGGAUCAAGGGCUGGGUGCAAGAGAUGGAUGGAAACGAGAAGUCUGCCAAGCGGGAGCUCUUGGCUUCGAGGAAGCAUAUAGAGGAAGCUGCAGAAAUUGCAGCGAGACCGUCGCGUGAACUGGAUGAUUACUCUGUAUCUACCGUCCCCUAUCUCGGCUCGCGCCCUCUUUCGACAGAUAGCAUGUCCAAAGAGGCAAGACCCGAGAAGCAAGGGUGGGUGUACCUCCGAACCCUCUCGGGUAAGCCUACACGCACUGUCUGGGUUAGACGCUGGGCAUUUUUGAAACACGGCAUCUUUGGUUGUCUUGUCCAAGGCACUCGUACCGGCGGCGUUGAGGAGAGUGAACGAAUUGGUGUUUUGCUUUGCAGCAUCCGGCCGGCUUUCCAAGAAGAGCGAAGGUUCUGCUUUGAGGUCAAGACGAAAAGCAACACAAUCAUGCUUCAGGCUGAGACACAGAAGGACCUGAUGAACUGGAUUGCCGCUUUUGAGGCCGCGAAGCGCAAGGCUCUUGAGAAUCCGUCGAGUACCGACCUUUCAGUGUCCGGCAAGGUCACCGUUCAGGAUCCCGCAUUUGCAAUUUCCCAGCCUCCAGCGCCAGAAUUCGCUGCUGACCCUGCCGACUCUCUCACGCCUCAUACAAGCGAUGAGCAGGGCUCGUCCGAUCGUAAUGGGAUGCUCUCACUUCCAGAGAAGGAUUCCUCUGCUCUUCGCAACAGUAGCGACUUCAGCAGCUACCGGAGGCUAACGACGCUGGAUUCCGACAGCCCUGCCCGCGAACAUGCAUCUCGUCUCAUGCAGAAGCUGGAUCUUCAUCGCAAAUCAAACAACUCCGUGCAGCCCUCCUCAUCGAUCCCCGGGGUUGCAGGCGGGAUUGCUAGCCUCAUUACUGCGAGUCAUAGCGCGAUUGCUUCUGGAAGCACUUUGCCAGUUGACCCAGAUGGAACCCGAUCCCGUAGCUCGACUCUUGGUAAUGAUUCUCCCACGACUCUCGCCCCGACGACAUUGGCCAAUCCUCCUGCCCCCACGAGCAUGAGCAAAGCUGCUGUAUAUGUGAGUAAUGAAAGGGGUAUAGGGCUUGGUCAAAUUGACAAGACAGGUGGAAUGCCCAGCGGCAUGAUGGCAAACUUGUGGGGUAGCUCCAAUUGGGGCUUCUUGAACAGGUUUGAGCCCGAGCGACUGGGAAUGCCGGCAGAUCAAGACACGGACAAGUCAUCCUCUAAAGCGAAAGAUCCCUCCAAACAGUUUUUGACAGCGGAAGCCGAUCCUUCCAGUGGAUCUAUUACGCCUAAACCGCAGAAGACCGGGUCGCGUCAUAGACCGACAGUGAGUUUGGACGGCGACUCGUCCAAAAUACAGCAAGCGCUCAUGAGAGACUCGCACGACUAUCCUAGUUUCUAUCCUCCUCAACUUAAGAUUCACGAUGCCCAAUUUCGCUUACUGUUCCCCGAUAUCAAGAAGGAGGAGCCUUUGGUCAUGGUGUUCCGGGCUACAUGGAGUCCGAACGACCAGCAAGACUUCCCCGGAAGAGCUUUUGUGACUACUCAGAACAUAUAUUUCUACAGUCAUCAUUUCGGUCUGGUACUGACGACAUCCGUAUCGCUGGAAAGUAUCAAAGAGGUCACUGCUGCGACUGGCAGGGAUUGCGACUUCCUGUUCUUACAUCUCAUACCUGCUCCUGGUGAUGACACACCGAGCCGGGGAACGAUAAAGACGUUCCUAGAACCAUUGAGACUCCUCCAGAGGCGGCUCAACUUUUUAAUUCACAACAUGGCAGCUGCUGAACCUUUGGGGCUUGAUGCGGUUUUCAGGACCCUGACCAGAAUGGAGACAGAGGCCAUGACAAGGACCCCCAGCUUGGAUAGUUGGGAGGAUGUGGGUGCUGGGGAGGACAAGAACGAUCUCAGUGAUGUGCCGGCGGGAGGUUCCAAGAAAGAUUCUCGUCUGCCCAUUUACAUCGACAAUGAUCUUAACCUGCACAAGAAGCACGGCAAUGGUAAGGAUAUGCCAAAGUUUCGACUUCCGACACAGCCGGUUCAGUAUGUUCCUCAAGGGAACCUUCACCUUGCUGCGGAGAAGGUGUUCGACAUUAGUCCUAAAGCUGUUUUCCACAUCUUGUUUGGCGACAAGAGUGCUGUGUGGCAGCUUCUUCUGCAUCAAAGGAAUGCCCAAGGUAUCAAGCAAGGGCCUUGGACUAGACACGAGUCCAAUCACCUGAGAAGGGAUUUUCAUUACUCAAUCGAAACUAGCGAUAUUUUUGGGACCAAGCAUAGCAAAACCAUCUCGGACUACCAAAUGAUUGAUGUUCUUAAUGACCACCUUUGUUAUGUCAUUACGGACAAGCGCACACCUUGGCACCUACCAUUCAAGCGAUCCUUCAGGUUGGUUAGUAAAGUUGUGAUUACUUUUGUUGCAAAGGGCAAGAGCAAACUCUCCAUUUACACGAAAGUGGAAUGGCUAUGGUCACCGUAUGGUCUGCAGAGAAUUGUGGAUAAAAGUGCGAGCAGUGACUUGGAACAGGACGCGCUGGACCUCCUUGACCUUGUCGGUGACCAGGUCCGCAGAUUAGGUGCACAUAGUCGAACGAAGAAAGCCAUCACGAUCUUUGGUCAUGUCGGACGCCAGAGUUUCGCAUCUCAGUUUUCACCUUCGGGAGACCUUAAGCUAGAGUCUCGCAAGCCUCGCACACAGAGAAGCAUGGCCUAUCUCCUAUUCGAAACUUUUCUGUCCUUCCUUGAAAGUGCCGCAUCAUCGCUCCUCAUGUGGACCGGCGCUUUCGUACGCUGGGCUUGGAAGACCACCAAUGCGAACACGGUUAUCCUUUCACUACUCUUAGCGAGCGUGCUGAUCAACGGGUUCUAUUCGUCACAAGUUGUCCAUGAAUGGUGGGAUGACAGGAGUGUUGGGAACUUCAUGUCCCGUAUCGGAAUUGGUCCCGACAAUGUUAUGAGUAGAGCUAUCUAUAUGAGGGACAUUGACGAGGCUGUUGCGAACGCGACCAUUGGUCGCGGAAGCGGAAACGUGAGUGACUGCUUCGCAACGUUCCAGCAACAGACUUUGAGGGAGCCAGGCACGGCCUUGUCGUUGGGAUCAGCCAGCUUCAGAGACUCCAUGACCAAGAGCGCAGCGCGCAGAAUCCAACAGACCCGUGAACGGCUGGCUACCUACCGACACAACCUCCUAGUUGCUCUUCGAGUGGUGAACAGCAUUGAACGAGAAGUCAUCGAGAACGAAUGGCAACGGUGGCUCCGACAGGAACUGCGCCGUUGCCGUCAGGUGGGAAUCCUCCUUGGUCAGAACGAUGGCCUCGAUGAUGCCGACCUGGAGGUUGAGCGAACCAGCUCGAACGCAUUCACCAAUCUGAGUGACGAUGUCAAGCAGUGGUACGGUAUGUACUGCUCGAGUUGCCAGUCCGAACAGUCAUAUGUUGAGGACGACCAUGCCUUUGGUGUUCUCUAGACAACGGAUGAGUGGCGCAUUUCCUUAUGCUCUCAUUUCCUUCUCAACCCUGAAACAAUACCCGCGCGGCAGCGAAGCGAUCUGUCUGUCAUAUCCAAUGUAUCUUUCUUCGAAGGAUGGAGGCCCUGUUCUAUCUCCGUUGCCGUAAUCUCUCGGCGCAUGUAUAUAAUGUUGGUUGGGUUUGGCUGUAAUAGUAGAAAUUGGACGAGGCU